AACCUAGAUCGUAUAAUUGAAAUUUGCCAACAUGACAGCCGUGGAGUGGGAUGAAGUUAAACGUUUAGCUGCAGAUUUUCAAAGAGCUCAAUUAAGCUCCACUGUUCAGAGGCUCUCGGAGAGGAACUGCGUGGAAAUUAUCACAAAACUCCUAGAUUUGAAACUUCUUGAUGUGGUGUUUACAACAGAUGGGAAAGAAUAUGUUACGCCGCAGCAGCUUACGCGAGAAAUUCGAGAUGAACUUUAUGUGCACGGAGGUCGUAUCAAUCUUGUGGAACUGGUGAAGUUGCUCAGUGUAGACCUGAAUCAGAUUGCAGCAAGGGCUGCUGAAAUUGAACGAGCAGACCAGAAUUGUUCCUUGGUCCUUGGCCAGUUGAUUGAUAAGACAUAUGUCAAUCGCAUUGCAGAAGAAAUCAAUGAAAGAUUACUUCAGCAAGGUCAGGUCACAAUUGGUGACCUCACAAGGCACUAUGAUCUGCCUAGUGACUUCUUACAAAUGGUGGUUGAGAAGCAGCUUGGCAAGAUAAUUCAUGGCAAACAAGAUAAGACUGAUCCUCAAGUGUUCUUCACUGAAUCGUAUGUGGCUCGCAAUCGAGCAUGUAUCAGAGGGGCCUUGGCUGCUGCCUUGCGACCCAUAUCAGUAGCAACUUUACUCAGCCAGUGUGGAGUUGAGGAAAGGCUGUUUUAUUCCAUUAUAGGUAAGCUGAUGGAGACAAAGCAGGUCCCAGGUGUCAUAACAGGAAAGCAGCAAGGUGGAAGCAGUAUGUAUAUACCUGCAAUUUACUCCAAAUCACAGAAUGACUGGGUGAACAGUUUCUACAAACAGAAUGGCUAUCUAGAAUAUGAUGCAUUAAUGCGACUGGGCAUCGUGGACCAUCAACUCUUUGUCCAUAAACAUUUCCCAAAUGAGAAGCUUUUGCUGUUGCCGUCAUUCGCUGUAGGCCCACAGAUAAUUGAUCAAGUAGAAGCAGCUGUGGAAGAAGCUAUUGCCACUGGAUCCAUGGUGGAUAUCAUGCCAUUGUUGCCUUCAUUGUUUGAGCCGCAAGAUGCUGGUGAAAUACUAACAGAAGUCUUGAAGAACACCAAAAUAAAAUCCCCCAGUCAGAAUAUGCACAUAUUUUGUAGCACCAUGGUACUCACAGAGCAGUUUAUCCAGAAACUUACCAAGCCAUUUGAUGCCAUAAUUCAGAAAAAAGCUGAAGAGGUAGUCUCUUCUGGAGCAUAUCUUUUGGCUCAGGCUGAGAGUAAGUUGCAAAACAACAGAAAUCUGAUAGAACAAUAUGAACCGAAUACCAAGGGUGAUCGCAGGGAAGAAAGACGUAAAAAGGCUACUGGAGGGAAAGGUGGUGGAGGAACACAGGGCCGGGAAACUAGGACAAAAUCUACGAAGAAGAAAUAUUUGCGAGGCAAAGCAACAGCUGGAGAUGAUUCUGAUGAGGAGACAACUUCUGCAACUGGGAAGACUUCAGGGAGUUCUCAUAAGCUGGAAAUGUUGAGCAUUGCAGAGAUCAAAGAAGUGCUGGCUGAAGAUGAAACAUUGCAAGAAGAAGACCUUGGAGAACUGAUAGCAGAAAUUGCAAACCAUCUCUAUCCUUCAUUGAAUAAAUCUGGUCUUGCUGCAGCUGAGACUGUGUUUGAGAGCACAAUGGCCUCAUCAGCUCAGAGCAGACGCAAAACUCACAGUGAUCUUCAGGACAAGUUAAAUGCGAUGUUUGUGAAUGUCAGACUUUUUGAGAAAGGAAUUAAACAGUUUGCUGACAAGGAUAUUCAACAACAGUUAGUCAAGUAUCUCCUCAAGACUUUGUGCACAGAAAUUACCAAUGAUGUCUUCUCAUACAUUGCACAAGAAAACAUGUUCCAGUAUGAUCAGACAAAGGAAUUGUCACCUGAGAUUAGACUGAAAAUUCUGAAUGAUUCUCCAAAUGAAUGCAAGGAACCUCUACUGAAAUUACAUAAGUCUUUGAACACGAGUUCCAUAGAAGAAUUCCUGAAUUGUGUUGAAGCAGCACUGGGACCAGGUGUCUGUGACAUGAUUCUCCGUAAGCCUGACAAAAAGAAGGAAAGACCACAGCUGCUAGGACAUCGCCAGGCUCUACUGGAACAGCUCACUUCUUCAGAGGAUCCAGCUCUAGUUUUGCACCUGACAGCAUUAAUAUUGUUUCAAGCAAUGACACAAACAAUGCUGCAUGCAUCUGGACGAUUCGUAUCUAAUAUCUUAACAUACUUGCAGCCACACCUUACUGCUGAAGUUUUUAACACCUUGCAGCGGUAUCAUGACUUGGUGUUGAAACUGCUGACAACUGGUUCAGAUGAUGAUAGUCGUUCACAGAUUGUGAACGCACUAAAAGAAGGUAUGCCAGCCAUUAAAGAAAUUGCGACAUCAUUUAAGAAACAUUCCUCAACUGAAUAAUUCAAAUGGCAAUCAGAAUUAAUGAAUGUAUAUACUAUAUUAAAUUUUUGCAUUCAUAUAUGAUGAUUCUACUGUCUGAAUCUACACAGAUUUGAUUCACUUUCCUUGGGCAUCUUUCUGUUAAAUUCAUGAUCUGGCAUAAUAACAACUUUUGUCACAUAUUGAUAAUGCCUUAAUUUAUAUAUUAUGAUUGUUGCAAUUAAUUGUACUGAUUUGUAAAUUUAGAAUUGGACUUUAGGGUUGUGACUUCUUGUAAUACUUAUAGGAAGGUGCUGACAUUUCUGAGAAAUGUGCUCCCUCCAUCCUAAUGGUUGCAAUGUAUAUAUAGGGUGAGGAAUCAGUUAGGUUAUGUCUAGGGAGGUUGCAAGAAAGGUUAAAUGAUUACUCUGAUUCAUCAGAGGGGAUAAUGAUUUGGAGCCCAACUCAGGCCACUGGGAAUGGUUGGCAGGGUUCCCAUAGUUUUUUGUUACUGAAGAGAAAAUGAAAUGCUCAGAAUUAGGAAAUGGCAGCACUUUUCAGGGCCCCUGUGCACAGGCAUUGGGAAGUGAGAAAUCAGCCCUUCCAAGGGCCCAGGUAGUGCAUUGCCAACAUGGGAGGAUAUAAAUUGCUUGUCUUUGGAGAGAAAAUUCUUCCUUCUUUCCAUUUCAGAAGAUGGGUAAGAGUCUUCCAUGAUUUGCUCAGGGAGAAUCCAUUCUCCCUGAGCAGGUUGGAGGAUAUUUUCAGUGUAUUACUGACCAAACAUACACAGUUAACUAUUAUUAGACCCAAGAAAAUAUCAACCAUAAAUCAAAACAUAAAAAAAGUAAAGCUAUACCUGUAACAGGCCGUGAGGCCCGUAGGGUUGCGAGACGUUGAGGGCCCCA